UAGUAUUCGCAGCGUCCGCACCUGUUAACGAAAGACGGGCUGUUAAAGCAAAGAAUCAAAAAACCACAACUACUACUACCGCUAAUCCCGCUACAGCAACGGAUGCCUCAUUAAACGCACAAGGUGUAAAUGGUACUGGAACACCUGAAUGUGGCACUAAUCUUCAAGAUGAUAGCGUACCAACCACUAGUAAUGGUGGACAACUUUGUUCAUAUGAUUCCACACCUGUAGAUAAACUUGGCUCCAAAUAA